AUGACCACCGCCGAGGCUGAGGAAGCCGAGGCUGUCAUGCACGAGUCCUCUCGAGACAUCGCGGAGCGUCCACAGCCUGCACGAACCGCCUCAAACGAGCACGAUUCCCUAAAGUACCACCUGCUCGGCCCCUCGCUCACCAAAGCCGGACAAGAUACUGUCGACCAAACGAAGGUCUCCGAGGUUAUCUAUAAUGCGUCCAAGGGCUCCAAGUUCUUCAACAACGAGGAAGCCAAGGACAAGAAUCUCACAGAGAAGAUCAACAAGAUCCUGGGCAAGAGACGACAGCUGGAGAAGAUCGACUUGACCUCCGACCAACGCAGAGCUGACGAUUAUAUCGCUGAACUAGAGCUGAGCAGGGACCUGAGUCAGGUCAUUGUACACCUCGACUGUGAUGCUUUCUAUGCGGCAGUAGAGGAGCUUGACCGCCCGGAGCUGAAACAUGUUCCGUUCGCGGUCGGGAAGGGUGUGCUGACAACUUGCAAUUAUCACGCCAGGAAGUUUGGCUGCCGCUCAGGCAUGGCUGGAUUUGUUGCUAUGAAACUCUGUCCGCAGCUAAUUUGUGUUCCUAUGAACUUCGCAAAAUACAUGGCCAAGGCAGAAGAAGUUCGAGAAGUACUUGCACUUUAUGAUCCGGGCUUCCAGAGUGCCAGCUGCGACGAGGCGUACCUCAACCUGACAGAAUACUGCCAAGAACACCAUAUGACUCCCGAAGAAGCAGUCAGCCAGAUGCGCGCAGAUGUCUAUGAAAGAGCCAAGAUCACCGUCUCUGCUGGUAUCGCGGCGAAUGCCAAACUCGCCAAGAUCUGUUCGAACCAGAACAAGCCAAAUGGACAAUUUCUGCUCCCUGCCGACAGGCAGACGAUUAUGGAGUUCAUGAAGACCCUGCCUACACGCAAGGUCAAUGGCAUCGGUCGCGUCUUCGAACGAGAGUUGGAUGCUAUAGGCGUCAAGACCUGCGGAGACAUCUACGCACAUCGAGCAUAUAUGGCGAAGCUAUUCGGUCAGAAAGCAUUCCAAUUCUUGAUGCAGUGCUACCUAGGUCUGGGACGAACCGUCAUCAAACCAGCAGAAGACCGUGAGCGUAAGAGUGUUGGAACGGAAACUACCUUCAGAGAGCUGCAAUCCCGCGAUGCUCUGCGCGACAAGCUUCGUCACGUCGCCGAAGAACUCGAAGGAGAUCUGAAGCGCACCGAGUACAAAGGGAGGACGCUCUGUAUUAAGAUCAAACUCCAUACCUAUGAAGUGCACACCCGACAGACGACGCCACCUUUCGCUAUUCACAAAGCGGAUGACCUAUUCAAGUACAGUCUACCGAUGCUGGAGAAGCUGAUGAAGGAGAUACCGAACAUGAAACUACGCCUAAUGGGUCUAAGAGUCACGCACAUCAUCAGCACGAAGAAGCCUGGAAUCGACUUCUUCGGCCGUGCAGCCAAGACAUCGUCGACCACUACGAGGGCUUCAACUUCAAAGGAGAAGGAUGAAGGGGCAUGGGAGACCUGGCCCGAGGAGGAAUUUGAAGAAGCCGCACGACAAGAACGUAAUGACGAGAUGAACGAAUUAGAAAAGCUGUCUCAGGAACAAGAGCGAGAGCAAGAGCAAGACGAACAACCGACGCCCGAACCGCAAUGGCAGUGUCCCGUUUGCUCCAACCCGCAACCACCAGAUGAUGCGAGUUUCAACGCGCAUAUCGACUUUUGCCUUUCGAAACAGACCAUUAGAGAGGUUGUCAAGUCUACAGCGCCCCCGCCGCCAGCUUUGGAAAAGCAGUCUAGCGUCCCCAAGACAACGACCAAGAAGGGAAAGCGCGGAAGACCGAAGAACGAAGGCACGGUUUCAGAGCAACAAGCGAGAGAGAAGAGAAGGGCUUUCUUUUCACUUGGCAACAGCUGA